AUGGCCAAUGUCAAUUUUCCGAGGGACCCCAAUACCCUUAGCAACUACCAUAAUUGGCGGUGCACCCAUAUCACAGCUAAUUUUGACGUCCUUUUUCACGAGAAAAAGCUCGUGGGCAGCGUGACGCAGACAUUCCGGUCAGCCACCAAUGGCGAGUCGCAGGAGAUCCUCUUGGACUCAAAUCAUGUGGAUAUUCGCAGCGUCAACCUCAAUGGCAGGCCUUUGUAUUGGGAGCUUCUCCCACCCUCCGAACCAUACGGCAGAGCAUUGAAGAUUAAGCUUGACCGGUGUGUGAAGGAGAAUGAAACAAUCGAUAUCGAGAUCACUCUUCAGACCACCGAGAAAUGCACCGCCCUUCAGUGGCUGACCCCGGCCCAAACAUCUAACAAGAGGCAUCCGUAUAUGUUCUCUCAAUGCCAGGCGAUUCAUGCUCGGUCUAUAUUCCCAUGCCAAGAUACACCCGAUGUCAAGUCAACGAUUGAUUUUAACAUCUCGUCACCACUACCCGUGAUUGCGAGUGGUCUGCCCGUCCGCAACUCGUUAGAGACGCCUCUACCCAGUGCGAUGACAUUAUAUCGAUUUCACCAGCGGGUGCCCAUCCCAAGCUACCUUUUCGCUCUGGCCAGCGGAGACAUCACCGAGGCAGUGAUUGGGCCACGAAGUGUUGUCGCUACCAGCCCCGACAAGCUCGGCGAAUGCCAGUGGGAACUUGAAGCCGAUACGGAGAAAUUCAUCGAGGCAAUUGAGGAAAUUGUCUACCCAUAUGCUUGGGGCAAGUACAAUGUUUUGAUUCUUCCACCAAGUUUCCCUUAUGGAGGAAUGGAGAAUCCGAUUUUCACCUUUGCCACACCCAGUAUUAUCUCCAAGGACAGAGAAAAUAUUGAUGUCAUUGCCCAUGAGCUCGCGCACAGCUGGAGUGGUAAUCUUGUGACCAAUGCUUCAUGGGAACAUUUCUGGCUUAACGAGGGUUGGACCACUUACCUGGAAAGAAGGAUACUUGCUGCGGUUCAUGGCGAAUCGUAUCGACACUUCUCGGCGCUUAUAGGGUGGAAAGCGCUUACAGAUUCAGUUGAGCAUUUCGGACAUGACCAUGAAUUUACCAAACUCGUCACGGAUCUCAAAGGCAAAGAUCCCGACGAUGCGUUCUCUAGUAUUCCAUAUGAGAAGGGAUUUAACUUCCUUUUCCAUCUGGAGAAUCUAGUGGGCAAGCAUAAAUUCGACCAGUUCAUCCCUCAUUACUUCACACAGUUCAAGGAGAAAUCUCUAGAUUCAUACGAAUUCAAAGCGACGAUACUAGAGUUUUUUCAGUCCGACAUGGAAGCCUCCAAGCUUCUGAAUGAGCUUGAUUGGGAUAGAUGGUUUUACGCGCCAGGCUUACCACCCAAGCCGGACUUCGAUACCUCGCUUGUCGACGUUGUCUAUAGCCUAUCGAGGAAGUGGAAGGCCAUGCCCGGCUCUCCUUUCAAACCCGACUCUAGUGACAUCAAGGACCUGACGGCCAAUCAAAUCAUAGUAUUUUUAGAGCAAGUCCUUCUCUUUGAGGAACCACUCACUCCGGAAUUGUCGAGGCUUAUGGGGGAAGUAUAUGGUCUUGCAAGGAGCGAGAAUAUAGAAGUUGCCAACCUGUAUUUCCAAGUUGGUCUGAAGGCCGGUGACAACGGUGUUAUUGAACCAACAACGCAGCUGCUUGGCAGGAUUGGUAGGAUGAAAUUCGUGAGACCUCUGUAUCGGAGCUUGCAGAAGGUCAAUCGCCCAGUCGCUGUCGAAACUUUCGAGCAAAAUAAGGCCUUCUAUCAUCCUAUUUGCCGUGCCAUGGUCGAAAAGGAUCUAUUCGGUAAGAAAGAUGCAUGA